UGUUAAUCGCUGGGAGGGAAUCAAACCGCAGUGAGAUUCUGAAUUCACAGAAGAAACCAGCAUGAUGUGGUUUACUCACAGAAUUUGAGUGUAGUGGUAACGCACGUUUUAACGCGAUAAUAUAAGACAAAUAUCAGGUCUAUAGGACUGACUUUCGUAACUUCAUUAAAAGCUGUUGUCAGGUCGGCUCUUGCUAAGAAGAAAAGGGGUCCAAUUCAUAACUAUCCUUGAAAAGGAAGGCUGAUCCAAUCAAGGCGCCUGUUGAAACCGGAAGCUGUUGAAGGUUCCGUCACAUCCCACUGCCACUCCUACAAAUGCUCACGGCUGUGAACUGUUGUCAAACUGCCAUACUAAUUUACAGCACCAAGGCAGGAAAUCUCUGGAGAAAUCUGAAAGUAUUUUUCAUCCAAAGUUUCCUUGUUCGGAGCACAAAAGAGUGUCAAGGUACAAUGCUGGGGUUUCCAGCGAUAGGUUUCAGCUUGCUUUUCCUGCUGCAUCUUGUUUGGGGCAGAGUGAUCUACAGUGGAAAUGAUGUGUUCCUAGAAGAGAAGUCAGCAGGUUCGUUUCUCUCCCGUAAACUGUUGUAUAACAGUUGGGAUUUUGAGGUAGUGGUGCCUGACGAUCUACAGAGAAAAUGCAUGGAGGAAAUAUGCUCAUAUGAAGAGGCCAGAGAGGUGUUUGAAGAUGACAGAAAGAUGGCUAAUUUUUGGAAAACCUAUGUCAGCAGUCACGGUAAGGUUGUUCUUUUUCAUUAAGGUUUCAUUUGAUAUUUUGUAGAUAUAGUUUAAGAUAUGUACAUCAAACAUUUGGAUUAAAUUGUCAAAUAAAACCGACAACGUAAUGCC